AUGAUGCAAUCAACGUCGGAAGGAUGUAUGAACAUUGCUGAGUUAGCUAACCAGCUAAGACGAGAGAAAAUUUUUAUCAACUCUGAGAGGCAGCUGUUGCAGAAGCUAAAUGAGGAGGUGGAAAAGCGUGCAUUGGAGCUGUUGCAGGUGGCCUGGGUGUGCUCCCAGCAGCGGCAAAAUCUUACAAAUUUGAUUACGUCGAGAUGUGAGGCUGAUUCUAUAGCUGCUUGCCAGAGAGCAAGUCUCCUUGAGAGAGCUGUUUUUGUUGAUGCCUACAAGGUCUUAAAGUAUAAGGAGGUGCAAGCUCUAGGCGAUCUCCUAGGAUGGCUCCGCGACUCCCCUCAUCUGGUCGCAUUAUGUUUACUGCUAGGCGAAGAACAUAUUCCUCCCAGUCUUCCGUCAGCUUUAAUCUCGGGAUUGUAUGGCAGCUGUCGGUCGACUACGGACAGGACGCGGUUUCUUGCAGUCGUGAGGUCACUCAUCAAGCAUCAAAUGGCCGUCGCCAGUGAUCCCCGGAAGUUAUUUCGCAUCGGAAAAUGUGCAUUUGCUUCCCUAUACGCCGUCUACCGCGAUGGACAUACACCUGCUCGCCAGUUCCUCAUCGCCGCGUUGCAGAACCCAGUGAUGGCUGUGCUCUCCGAGGACGAGUUCUUCUUGGAUAUUGACCCUGACAAGGCAAUGGAAAGGUUCACAUCUGCAGAUCGCCUUAAGAAAUUUGGCCAGCCCAACAGCACAGAGUACGCAACUAAAGUGUCUCGCUACCGCAAGUGGACGAUACAGUCUUUGUACAACCUAACCUGCAAGUUCAUCGCUUCCCUUAGGGAACAUUGGCCGAACUUUCCCGCAACUAUUGCCUGGAUUGUACAGCAGAUGGUACAUUUACUCAAGCAACAUUCCAGAACCUCAGACCGAGAACUCCACGCUAUAGUAACGGACCUCGUGUUGAACCACUUCAUUUGUCCAGCAAUAGUGAACCCCGAGGCGCACGGCGUGGUCGAAGUGCCGGUCUCAUACAUUGCACGAUUCAAUCUCAUUCAAAUCGCACAGAUUAUACAGAUGCUGUGUCUUGCCAAGUAUCAAGAGGUGGAGGCCAAAGUGCGUGACGUGUACGUGAAAUUCGAGCGUUCAUGCGUUUGGACGCUGAUAGAGAGCGUGAUGACGGAGGCGUGGGCGCCCGUGCCGGCCGCGCCUGCGCACACGCACGCCGAGUCGCAGCUGCGCACCGACGCGCAAAUCGACACUACUGUGGCGCUCUUCACGCCCGCUGAUGCGCAUCUAUUGAUAAUGUUUCUGAAACGAAUAUCAUCCAAAUUGAAUAACAACACGCCGAGCGUCACGGCUGACGAGCAGUCCACCAGCAGUUCUGUAACCGAGGCAGGGGCAUUUAGCGAAUCCAGCAGCGAGGGUUCGAGCACGGGCGAGGUGCACGCGGGGCGGCUGGCGGCGCUGCUGCAGACCAACGAGCCCAACUACCGCAGCCGACUGCACGACCUGCUCAAGUACAUGCCCGACCUCACUAAGUACAGACAAUCUUCUCCUACAGAAUCGAAAGAGCCUUCUCCGAUUGAAAACGGUCACUCUAGUAAGAAAUCCAUUCUUGCUAAAGUGCAUAAACCGCGAUUACCUCGAUCUGCCAGCUCCAACUCUUCACUGGCAGCUGUAGCUGACGACAGACCAGUGAAUGGAACUAGUAAGGAUGACAGCAGUCUGGAGCAGUUGGAUGUGCUGGUGAUAAAGUUGGCGAAUGUUGAAGAGCAUGAUUAUGUGGGCCUGGUGCCAGAAUCGAAGGUGCUAGAAUGUUACUAUGGCGGCUCUGAAGCUGGUGAUGCAGAUGAAACUGGCUCUGCCCUCGCUGUGGCGGGUCCCGGCGCUCCUGUGCAGAAGAGGACUAGGUUCUCGGUUUCUCACGACGAGGUUUCUUUGGGUAAUACGUCAGACAAUCUGGAGGCUGUCUCCGAAGCCGCUUCGAACCAUAGCGUCACAUCAAGCCUAGAGUUGGAGACAGAAGAUCAGAACGACAAUCUCUCUGACAUGGUAUCGGCCAACGUAAGCGGUCGUGGCAGUCCCAACAUCUCGGGGCGGGAGACACCUUCCUCGCAAGUGACUGAUGGAGAUGCAGCUGGAGACGCGCAGAACAGGAGGCUUCCUCAAAACGUGCCUGUGAAUCAAGCGGCAAGCGCUCAAGCCAAAAUGAUGAAGCAGACACGGAGCGACAUCGAGGAUAAGUUCUGCAGAUUUGAGAUUAAGAAAUUGUUGGAAGGCGACGAGACGAUCAGCAUAAUGUCGGAUACUUGGAGCACGGACGUGUUGGCCUCCGACUCCGAAACUAUUGGCGACUCCUGCGAACAGACGCAGGUCGUUGCCAGUCAAGGCACUAGUAAUAGUAACACAAACGCACCAGACGUAUCCGAAACAGCCAGCGAGUCUGCGUGGAGCAUGGACGUACUCGCUUCAGACAGCGAUCGCAAUACUGAGGUGGACACGGACGACUGCGUGUCGGUGGCGGCGCGCUCGGACACGUCGUGGCCGCGCCGCCCCUCGCAGCAGGACGACGCGCCCUCCUUCAGGCCCAGCCACCAGAACGGCAAUGCGAAACGUUCAGAACUGAACAGCCCCCGGCAUUCCUCCCGACCGAACUUGCCCAACAGGUCGGGCGGUGUAUACCUUAGCGCGACUGCCACCCUGUCUCGUGGAGGGGAACUGGAUCUAUCGCACCCACCGCAGAGUCACACUCACUAUAAUAUAGAGAACAGAAAGAGCAUAUUAGUUAACGGAUAUCCGGUGAUGACGUGCUACGCAACAUCAGCUCCAGAGAGUCCGAGCACCUGUCCUCCAGUGCCGCUGUCUAACGAUGUCUUUGAUUAUAUACCACAAGAGGGCAGCAGCGCACAAACCGAAUCAACAUUAGACGCCAACAGCCAAUCGGACGCCACAAGCCAGUGGGUAGACGACAGUUUCCCCGCACAGCACCACUCCCCCGACCGGCCCUACCCAUCAACAUCCAAAUACGACCACCCAUCCACAUCCAAACCUUACGACGACAACGAUCUAAUGGAUCGAUCACUCAACUCGAGCGAGAGUUCUUUCAACGCUAUGUACGGUCGAUACGAUUCAGGUAUCGACACAGAGAGGCCCGAGGCUGAAUCGAGAUCAACUAUCACGGAUUUGAUGACUCGAAUGAGUUCGGCGACCAUUUCCACUUCAGCUAACCUGGUAAAUAAUAUCACUUCUCGAAUAGUUAAGUCUGAAAUUCGCACUAGUAUAGUGAGUAUUAGUUCGUCGAAAAUCGAGAAGAAAAGAGAUGGUACAUCAAAUAUAUCUCUGAGUACGUUGUCGGUGAAUAGUGCGGAGACAUCUGUGUCGGAUAAGAGUUCUAGUCAGGAUGUGAACUCGGAGAUUGUCACAGAAAGGAGAGUGAGUCCGCCUCCGGUCAAGAAUGUGUCUACGGGAGCGAUACCGAAGAGUAUUAGUUUUGAUUCCACAGCUGAAAAAUCGCAAAGGAGACGCAUUGGAGAAGACGGCCUUGUGGGCAAUUUAGAUGAACUGAAGAAUAACGUAAAGCGUUCAGGUGGGAACUUGCUGCACAAAAUCAAGAUGUUCCGACAGAAAGGGCGUUCGCAUCACCACCAAAACGACGUCAAACUCCCCGAGGAAGAAUCUCGCAGUGACGACGGCUCACGCGACGUGGCCAGCGUUGAGAGCUCAGAGGAGAUCCUCGCUAAAUACCGACGGAAGAGUUCCGUCGAGUCCACUAACAGCAAACACAAGCGUGUUCAGCGACGUGUGUCUGACGUACAGGAUAUGACAGAUAUAGACAGGUGCGAAGGGGUAGUGGAUUUAAACGAUCCAGAGGUUUUUAAUAGUAUGAAACGCAAGUUACGUGUGGUACUGUCAAACCCUGAUCUACAAUGUUCUGAUUACGUUCCUAAUCGCUGCACGAGCACGUCGCUGGUGGAGUGGAUCCGCUGGGCGGGCGCGGCGGGCGGGGGCGGCGCGGCGCACGCGGAGGAGCUGGCGCGCGCGCUGGGCGCCCGCGCCGCGCCGCUGCAGCGCCUGGCCGCCGCGCUGCGCGCCGACCUGGCCGCGCGCCGCCCCUACGCCGCCUACCUGGCCUCGUGCCGCGCCGCCGCCGCGCACCGGGACCUCGCGCUCGACAAACAAAUAAAGUUGGUGCGGUCGGAGUGGCAGUGGUGCUGCCGCGCCGCGGCGGCCGCGCGCGUGCUGGACCAGCUCGAGCGGGGCAGCGCGCUGCGGCGCCUGGAGCGUCACCACCACGCGCACAACAACCACGCCAUGCUCAACGGAGGAGAGUUAAUGGAUGAGAAAGCAACAAGACUGACUGCCGGCGUUAAAGCCAUAACAGCUGAAAUAAAAGCAGACCUCUCGUGGGAAGGUGCAACAUCGACGAUACUAGAGAGUGUGGAGAUGACAGUGGAGCGCGCCGCGUUCGCGCGACUCUACCUACACGUGUUGUUCCCCAACGGUGAAGGAGACAUCGCAAGGGAUCAGGUGCUGGGCGAGCACAUCCGGCGCGUGUCGGCGUGCACGAGCGCGCGCGCGCUGGGCGUGGCGCCGGCGCACCGCUGGGCCGCGCCCUUCCCGCGCGCGCAGCGCCUGCUGCGACACCUCGCCGUCUACCGCACGCCACGGGACAAGUUACAAUGUAUAAUGCGGUGCGUGACCUCGAUAAUGGCCGUACUUGGCCUGUCGGAGGGCACUACGCCCUCCGCGGACGACCUCACGCCUGUACUCGUGUACGUCAUACUAAAGGUGAACCCACCGUCGCUGCUGUCCACGAUCGAGCUGGUGAACGCGCUGGGCGGGUCGGCGCUGCAGGGCGAGGCGCUGUACUGGUGGACGCAGUUCUGCGCCGCCGUGGCCUACAUCAAGACCAUGGACUACCCGCGCGCCGACAACAACGACACCUAG